CUCCCGUCGUGCCCCGCGCAGCGCCGCCGCCCGCCAUGGCCUCCGCCGGCGGCGCCGAGCCCGAGCGGCCGCGGCCCAGGCCCUUCCUCAUCGGCGUCAGCGGCGGCACCGCCAGCGGCAAGUCCACAGUGUGCGAGAAGAUCAUGGAGCUGCUGGGGCAGAAGGAGGUGGACCAGCGGCAGCGGAAGGUCCUCAUCCUCAGCCAGGACAGCUUCUACAAGGUGCUGACCGCCGAGCAGAAGGCCAAGGCGCUGAAGGGACAGUACAACUUCGACCACCCGGACGCUUUUGAUAACGAUUUGAUGCAUACAACCCUGAAAAACAUCGUUGAGGGGAAAACGGUUGAGGUACCAACCUAUGACUUCGUGACGCAUUCUAGGCUGGCAGAGACGACGGUGGUCUAUCCUGCUGACGUUGUCCUCUUCGAGGGGAUCCUGGUUUUCUACAGCCAGGACAUUCGGGACAUGUUCCAUCUCCGGCUCUUUGUCGACACGGAUUCCGACGUCCGGCUGUCCCGCAGGGUUCUGCGAGACAUGAAACGCGGGAGGGACCUUGAGCAGAUCCUCACCCAGUACACCACCUUCGUCAAGCCUGCCUUUGAGGAGUUCUGCUUACCGACAAAGAAGUAUGCGGAUGUGAUCAUCCCCCGAGGAGUUGACAACAUGGUUGCGAUAAACCUCAUCGUGCAGCACAUUCAAGACAUCCUAAACGGGGACAUCUGCAAGUGGCAGCGAGGGGCAAUGAACGGACACGGUCGGACCUACAAGCGCCCGUUCCCUGAACAAACAGAGAGCAGCAGCGUGCUGGCGGCCGGCAAACGCUCCCACCUGGAGUCCAGCAGCCGCCCGCACUAACCCCUCGGCAUCUGAAGGAUUUGCCUCUGGUCCAGCCCAACACUGAAGACCACUUUGGGAAAGAAGGACUUCAACAGAAUGGUUGGUGAAGUGCCCUUUAAAUCGUCCUAGCAGCGGAGGGGAUACUGGUGUUGAAACUUCUCACAGAGGGGAGAGGAGGGAGUUGGCCUAACGCCCCUCUCCCCUCCAAGACCCCUUCCUUUUCUCCUGGCGAUGUCUGGAGUUAUGCUGUUACUUGAUGAACUGGUUAAAGGCAGUGCUACUUGCCGUUUUUUAAUUUUCAAAAUUAGAUGUAAUGCUGAAGUCUCCCCUGAACAUUAAGCGCUACCAGGUGACUGGCCAGAUGAUACCCCAUUUCCCUGAUGAUGGUCUUCCUUAGCAGGAAUAUUAUCUGCCUGUUUCUUAGAAAGAAAAGCCAGUCUCUUUAUCCAAGACUAGCUCACACCCUGUUAACUUCAACAAGCAGGUGCUGUUCUUACUCUUUGCCACCUGGUUGGCACCGUGCGUUCUGGCGUUGCUCUCCUGCUGGGCAGCCUCCUUUUUAGCAGGGGGGGUUGACCUGUAGAGGAGUCUCUCCCCUGAGCUAGAGAUGAAACAGAGACUGGGACAAACGGGAACUUGCAGUUCAUCGGGGGGACAGGCCCAAGCAGUUGUGUGAUUUUGGUUCCUAAUUUAUUCCUUUCUGGGCUCCCAAACAGUUGCUACACUGUAUGAUUGUUUUUUGUACCCAAAUAGUCUCCUUUACCCCAGUUACUGAAUGUGUGAGCUCCAACUGGAUUGAGUUGCUCAUGGAAACAGAAACCUGACCUUGUCAGUAUUAGUGUCUUUUGGGGCAUGUCCGUACUGCUGGUUGCAGAUUCUGCUGGGCGGAAUCCGUCCGCUUCCAGAGCCGGGUGGAAAGAUCAGCCAGGGGGAAAGCUGUGAAGUGCAAGACCCUCCUGCUGCUGGCACACAGCUCUCUGGCCACGCUUCUGCCCUCACACAGGGCAGAUCUUGAGUUUAAACUCAAGAAAGUCUGGUUUUCUAAAAAGAGCAGACAAGAGGCUGGAAGUAUAAACAGUGAUAGCCCAGUUUCUAUAGUUUACCCCAGAUAAGUGAUACUGCAGCAACAUGAAGAUUCUGGGGAAAAAAAUUUCUGAAAUGAAGUGCUGGUCGGUCCUUUGACAACGUCCGUGUGGUGUCCGUCUUGAGUCUGGACUUACAGUGUCAUUUUAAGAAUGGGGGUGGGGGGAAACAUUAUUAUGAGGAAUUUUUUUCAUAUUUGCUAGUCUUCUAAAAGCCAGGGUCUGGCUGUGUUGGUUGUGGGUGUAUUACUUCUUUGGCUAAUAAUAAACAAACGAACAAACA